AUGUCAGACCCCCUUCAAUCCCAAUCAAAAACCACCAUUCACGUGAUCGACCACGACCACGACACCGAAAAAGGAUCCCCCCCUCCUCAAUCCAACACCCCUCACAAUGAAAACCACAACCCUCCCCGGCCCCUCCCCGCCGACAAUCUCGCGCGCUCCCUCUCCGCCCGCCAAGUACAAAUGAUAGCCAUCGGCGGCACCAUCGGCACGGGGCUCUUCCUCGGCACCGGAAAAUCGCUCGCAACCGGUGGACCCGCAUCAAUCCUCAUCGCCUACCUAAUCGUCGGAUUCAUCGUCAUGCUCACGAUGCUCUCUCUGGGUGAAAUGGCCGCCUUUGUACCCAUUGCAGGUAGUUUCUGCACGUUCGCUGGCAGAUAUGUGGAUGAUGGACUGGGGUUCGCCCUCACGUGGAAUUAUUGGUUUAAUGAUGCAGUGAGCACGGCGGCGGAUUUGGUGGCGCUGCAGUUGGUGUGGGCGUAUUGGGGAGAUACGGGGUUGCCGGGGUGGGGACUGGCGUUGAUUUUUUGGGUGUUUUUGAUAGGGGCUAAUAUUAUUACGGUUAAGGCGUAUGGGGAGCUGGAGUAUUGGUUGAGUUUGUUGAAAGUUAUUACUAUUACAAUCUUUAUAAUUCUUGGAAUCGUAGUUAACUGUGGAGGGAAUACCUCCCACACAUAUCUUGGAGCGCAUAAUUGGUACAUUGGCGACGCACCAUUCGUUGGGGGUAUCGGUGGCUUCGCAUCAGUUUUCGUAACCGCAUCCUUUGCAUACGGCGGUACAGAGUCCAUCGCCAUAACUGCCGGCGAAACCAAAAACCCUACGAAAAAUCUCCCGCGCGUCGUCAAAAACGUCUUUUGGCGUAUCCUCAUCUUCUACAUCCUCUCCGUUUUCAUCAUCGGUCUCAAUGUCCCAUACGAUUACCCGGGUCUCUCAAGCAAAACCACCACCACCUCCCCUUUCACCAUCGUCUUCCAAAUGGUCGGCGCAAAAGCCGCAGGUUCUUUCAUGAACGCCGUCAUUCUCACCUCUGUCAUCAGCGCAGGUAAUCACGCUCUAUUUGCCGGCACCCGCUUACUCUAUGCUCUCUCGGUCGAUCAACACGCCCCCCAAUUCCUUGGACAAUUAAAUCGAAAUCGCGUUCCUUGGGUUGCAGUGUUAGUUACUAGUGCCAUUAGCGGAUUAUGUUUCGGAGCAAGUUUUAUCGGCGCAGGUCAACUAUGGUCUUGGUUGCAAAAUCUCGUAGGUGUCAGUAAUCAAUUAGCAUGGAUAGCGAUAGGAGUCACCUCGAUACGUUUCCGCGGCGCAUUAGAACAGCAAGGCAAAACCCAUCUUCUCCCCUUUAAGAAUUGGACGUAUCCGUGGGGACCGUGGAUCUGUGUCCUAGCGAAUGUGGUGAUAGUGCUAGUGCAGGGAUGGAGUUCGUUCAGUCCGAGGUUUAGCGCAGUGGACUUUGUGAGCUAUUAUGUGGAAUUGCCGGUUAUGGCGAUCAUGUGGUUGGGCUGGAAGUGGUAUAAGGGGACUAGGGUGGUGGGCUAUGCGGAGAUGGAUUUGGAGACGGAUGUUCAUGUUGUGGGGGGGGAGGAGGAUCGGGAGGAGGGGGAGAGGGAAAAAUCAAAGAGGGGGAGGGUGGAGGCGCUGUUGAGGUGGGUUUUUUAA